AUGGGGCCCGCCCAGGAUGGCACUGAGAAUGGGCUGAGAUCGGCCCACCCCUUGCCGCUCCCUCAGAGAGAGGCCCAGGGACCGGCGAGGACCCAGGCGGGGACCCAGGCUGACCGGGCACAGGGGGAGCGGAGCGUGCCUCCUCCCAAGUCCCCGCUGCGGGUCAUAGUGAAUGCCUUCCGGAAGACCCUCUUGCCCAGCGGCGGGAAGAAGCCCUGGACCAAGGCCGAGUCCAAAGCUUUGCCCACCAACCAGGCGCACGCACGCCCGCGUUCCUUCAGCUUUCGCAGGAGCAGUUCCAGCAAAGAGGGGGACCAGCGGUCCCCAGGGAGAGACGUGAUGAACAGGGCUGCCGCCUUCUUCUCCCCCAGCUCCCUGGCAGCCAAGGCGGCCCAGGCCACGGACCUUAGCCCUCCCGGCCCUGCUCAGCGCACCCACAGUCUGCCCAGGCGGCCACCCGAGGUGUUGCCCCACCUUUCGUCUGCUCCCGGCAGUAAGCUAGACGAUGUCCCCUCGCUCCUGGAGAAAGUGAGUUUGCAAGAGCCCUCAGAUGCACUUAAGUCUCCAAAGAGAAUAUUCUCGCUGUUUUCCUCCUUCAGAAUCAAAGAUAAAUCUUCUGAGAGCUCCCCCCAGGAACCCAAACCAAGGAAGGAUGUCAGAGACCUCUUCGAUGGUCCCCAAGAGAAGGGGCUUCCCACAAAUGGUGGUCACUCCCUGGAGAAGCCGGGACAGGCAGCCCAGCCUCCCCCUCCAGCAGGAGCUGCAAGCUCCCAGCGCAUCCCUGUCAGAGCGCAGGUGACGGAGGCUUCCUCUCCCCCGUCUUCCACCUCCUCCUCCUCUGGAGAUGAAGGCUCGGAUUCCGAGCUCUCCUUGCAGGCAAAGGAGAACAAGAUGCUUAGAAAAAGAAGGAAGCUGGAAAAAGCAACCAAGCAGUUGGCUAAGCAAGAGGAACUGAAAAGACUCCAUAAGGCUCAGGCCAUCCAGAGGCAGCUGGAGGAGGUGGAGGUGCGGCAGAGGGCUUCGGAGAUCCAGGGCGUGAGGCUGGAGAAGGCACUGAGAGGAGAAGCAGAUUCAGGCACACAGGAUGAAGCACAGCUUUUGCAGGAAUGGUUUCAGCUGGUUCUGGAGAAGAAUAAAUUAAUGCGAUAUGAGUCGGAGCUACUGAUCAUGGCCCAAGAACUAGAAUUAGAAGAUCAUCACAGCAGAUUGCAGCAGAAAUACAGAGAGAAAAUGCUCAAGGAGGAGAACCAGAAAGAUGAGAACGCUCUCAACGAGGCGCAGGAAAUAUUCACCGAGAUGAUGAAAGUGGUGGAGCAAAGGGACAAACUCGUGGACUCCUUGGAGGAACAGCGCCUCAAAGAGAAGGCCGAGGACCAGCAUUUUGAGAGCUUUGUGUUCCCCAGGGGCUGUCAGCUGAGCAGGACCUGAUGAGGCCCCCCUCCCCGGAGGCAGGCGGAACGCCGCAUCGGGACGGCCACAGCACGCUUCUCGUCUGUGCUUUGGUGGGCUCCAUCACGCCUGGAAUUUAAGUUGUACCCUCCUGCAGUUCCCUCGUAGAUCAGAACUGCCUCGUGCAGACAACAGCAUCCCAAGGUUCCCCCAGAGCCGAGCAAGAAGAAAACACAAAGACUCUUGAAACUGGCAGCCGACUCGAGCUGGGCCGUCAGCGUGGAGGUGUCCCUGGCACAUGACCAGCGUGGUUUUUCCCCAUAAAAUGACACAAAGAUGUGACUCUCCUGUGGCUCUUGUCAUCUUCCUCUCCAGUUCAUUGAGUUGCACAUUUAAAAAAUUUUAAGAAGCUGCCUUUUCAUGAAAAUAUCCCUAUUUGCCUUCUUUUUUCUUUUCUUUUCUUUUUUUUCGUGGAUGACUGAUUUCCAAAUGUCAGAAAGCAGCAGCAGGUUAAAGAUUAGGUUAAUAUUUAAAUUGUGCUUCCAGAGAAAGAGGGGAAACCUUGAGAUUACUGAUUACACAAAGCAAAUAACUGGUAUAGCAGGUGUUAAUUCAAUCCAGGGUGAAUUUAAUUUACCAGGUGUACUUAUAAGCCU